UUGUCGCCUUGAUGAAUUCUAAUAUGAACAAACAACAAGUUACACUCAGCGCCAGCAGCCUUGCCUUCGACGGUAUUCAGACAGUAGGCACUUGAAUACUAGAACCUGGCCUACCGCAGCUCAUACACGGCCAUGAACAUGGAUGCACAAGGACAUCUUUUGUCACUGAAAGUGAUGCGGGUAUCUAGACCAUCGCUAGCUAGUGCAUGGCAGCCCUUCUAUUCUAGCUCUCCUUCAUUCUCUGCCCACUCUACUGCGUCCAUUCUCUCUCUGCAGGGAAAGGCACCUCUCUCAGGCCACCCCAAGACCUUACGGGAUCUCACUCAAGCAUCUGAGUUCCUUACACUACCUGCCUCAUUCGGAGCUAUUCAGCUAGGCGAAACAUUCUCUAGUUGCAUAUGCAUCAACAAUGAGACAAAUAUCGACAUAGAGGGCGUUAGUGUCCGCGUUGAGAUCCAGACAGCAAACUCCAAGAUACUAGUGGCUGAACUUGGUGGCCCAGACUUCCAGCUCGCAGUGGGAGAUUCACUGGAAUAUGUAGCUCAUCACGAGGUGAAGGAGUUAGGUCACCAUGUUCUAGCUUGUAUUGUCUCGUACCACCUGCCUCCGUCAUACCGACAUUCCCCUGGUGCUAGUGAUCACUCGAAUGAAGCAACCUUCCGCAAGUUUUACAAGUUUGCUGUCACGAACCCUCUUUCUGUAAAGACAAAGGUACACACACCUCGGUCUCCGUCGGCGUUGAUGACUUUGUCAGAGCGCGAGAAAGUGUUUCUCGAGGUCCACAUUCAGAACUUAACACAAGACGCGAUGUGGUUCGAGCGCAUGAAGUUUGAAUGCGCAGAGGGAUGGAGCGUCGUCGAUGCCAACACGGCAGGCGAUAAGGAUCAGAUGUUAUUCUCUGGUUCGACGGCUCUCAUGCAACCACAAGCCAUAAGACAGUACAUCUAUAUCCUGACCCCAACAUCGUCUUUUUCGUUUCCUGUCGUUCAUCCAGGCAGUGUCAUCCCUCUCGGUAGACUUGACAUCUCAUGGCGUUCUCAGUUCGGCGAGCCUGGCCGUUUAUUAACUUCGAUGCUGUCCCGUCGGUUCCCUGGCCCUUCUCCAGCUCCGAACUCAACUCCAGCUCCAGCUCUCCCACUCCAGCACCCUGUCUCAGCACUUCCGCCUUAUCUUCAACGCACUGUGCCAAGUGCGCCAUCCUCACCCGCCCGACCACGAUCUCCACAACUUCCCCCUUCUCGACCUAGCUCCCCAACACCGGCUCCAUACAGACCAGGCUCACCCUUUCGCACGCGCCCGAUGUCUGGCCCUUCGCAUGCGCAAUCACCUGCAGCUGGAUCUGUAUCUAACAUAAACAUGUUUGUCGCACCAAAUCAACAACAACCAGCACCACCGGUGCCUGCUCUCGUAUUGGACGUUGAGGUUGAUGUUAUCAUAAAUCAUAUUGCCAGGGAAUCUAUCACAGUUGAGCGGCCCUUCAAUAUCGCUUUCACUGCCACCGUUUCUGCUGCUCUACCAAAGGCCAAAGGGAAACAAAGGGUUAUCACUCUUGCUGUACAACAUCUUCAAUAUCCGCGUGCCACGGCGAUUGCAUACUCUGAACCAUUCCAAGCCACCGAGACCAUCAGCUCACGGUUCUCGUCCCUCGGCCUCACUUCUGCAACGUCAACACUCGUCACCCCUGUGCAAAGUUCCCCCAACAUGGCAAGCGAGAAUUCCUUAGUUAUCUCGCCAGAGAAGAUGCUCGCACGACCCACUUUGCCACCUCCUUACUUCGAGUUCGCUGACGAGGAGAAACGCACAAAGUUGAAAGGCUGCGUAUUUGUUGGGUCCUCCACACAGUUUUUGAACCCGAUUACGCUCACCGAUCCCAGUCACGCCAGUCAUCAUGAGGACUCAUCGGACGGUGAUGUGGAGAAGGCACAGGGUAGUCAAGAGUUUGAACUUACCUUCCUGCCUGUGCAGACAGGAUUUCUGCGAGCGGGCGGCCUGCGCAUCCUACUGGUUAGGGACGAGCUCGUAGAUGUUGGUACAGAUCAGGCCACUCGUCGCUUAGGGUCCGGCGCGAUGGAAGCAAGGACACUGAAAGAGUUAGAUGUUGUCGCCGAACUUUGGGUUCAUUCAUGAUCAUGAAUUAUUCAACUUAUUGCAGAGAUAGUAGGACGCAUGUAUAGUUCAGGUGCCUACGAUCGGAGGGUACAAAUACCCGACAACCAAGAUAGAACCUGACGGAACUCUUAUCCAUUUGAAUUGUGCUUGUUUCACGCUGUAGGGAAAAUGAGACGUUGAUCUAAUCGAUCAGUCCCACAGCUGCAGUACCUGCAAGGGGCAAAAAGAUGACAAAUCCUUCGGAAUGUAACACCAGUCAUACCGAAAUGCAUUAAGA